CUCAAGUUAAAAAACCAACUCUUUUAACUUCUUCUUCUUAAGCUAUCUUUUUUCUAGCCAAAACACAAAUACUAAAAAAAACACCAAACAUAUAUAGUUCAAGUUGUUUCAACUAUAAUUGGCAAUAUGCAUCUUCAUGGUGUAACACCAAAACCAGAAAAUGGUGGCACAGACUUGAUGGAAGCUUCGACGAAUUCGCCUAAUUCGUCGAAACAAUAUGACAAGUCAUGUCUGGCUUUACCUGUCCAGAUCAAGUCACAACAAUCUUAUUUACAAAAGGCCAUGUAUCCUAUAACUUUGAAGUUUGAAGAGAUUGUUUACAAGAUUAGUCAAGAAAACAAAGGAAUGUGUUGUGGAGGAUCAUCAAACACAAAAGAAAAGACUAUACUAAAUGGAGUGACAGGCACUGUAUAUCCAGGAGAAAUGCUAGCUAUGUUAGGUCCAUCAGGUAGUGGCAAAACCACCCUUCUAACAGCACUAGGAGGGCGCCUUUCGGGCAAAUUAUCUGGGAAGAUUACAUACAACAGCCAGCCAUUCUCGGGUUCAAUCAAACGUAGAACAGGAUUCGUGUCACAAGAUGAUGUCCUGUAUCCUCAUCUUACAGUAAUUGAAACACUUCUGUUCACAGCUCUGCUUAGGCUGCCACAAAACCUCGAAAGGGACGAAAAAGUGAGACAUGUGGAGCAUGUUAUUGCAGAACUUGGAUUAAACAAGUGUAGAAACAGUAUGAUUGGGGGGCCAUUGUUUAGAGGGAUAUCAGGUGGAGAGAAAAAAAGAGUUAGUAUAGGUCAAGAAAUGUUGAUCAACCCGAGUUUGCUACUUUUAGACGAGCCAACUUCAGGACUUGAUUCGACAACAGCACUCCGGAUCCUUAACACUGUUAAACGACUAGCAAGUGGUGGUCGUACUGUGAUCACAACGAUCCAUCAGCCGUCUAAUCGACUUUAUUAUAUGUUUGAUAAGGUAGUUUUGCUCUCUGAGGGAUGUCCUAUCUACUAUGGUCCUGCAUCAACUGCCUUGGAGUACUUCUCUUCUAUUGGUUUUUCCAUAUCUAUCACUAUCAAUCCAGCUGAUCUCUUGCUCGAUCUCGCGAAUGGGAUUGGAUCUGAUACCAAGAAUGGCAACGAUCAAGGUGACAGUACUGAACAGGAAAAGAAGUUGGUGAGAGAAGCUCUCAUCUCCGCGUAUGAAAUGAACAUUUCUACAAGGUUGAAAACUGAAGUAUGCGGUAACUACAGUUGCACAAAUGAUGUCUCUACAAGAAAUGGCGUGAAAUUAGAGCAAUGGUGCACGAGUUGGAUGCAUCAAUUCAAAGUACUACUUAUGAGAGGGUUAAGGGAGCGAAGACACGAGACCUUCAAUAGGCUUAGGAUCUUCCAAGUUAUAAGUGUAGCAUUUCUUGCAGGACUAUUGUGGUGGCAUACUCCAACAUCCCACAUUGAAGAUCGAGUCAGAUAUUAUCCGUUCACCUUAAGUCAUUUGCACAUACGAAAACAUAUUGCAAUGUUGUUCUUUUUCGCGGUAUUUUGGGGGUUCUAUCCACUCUAUAAUGCAGUUUUCACAUUUCCACAAGAAAGAAGAAUGCUCAUCAAAGAGAGAUCAUCAGGAAUGUAUCGUCUCUCGUCAUACUUCCUAGCCAAAACUGUAGGAGAUUUGCCUUUAGAACUAGCAUUACCAACAGCAUUUACGUUCAUCCUUUACUGGAUGGGAGGGCUCAAACCUGAUCCAACUACUUUCAUCCUAUCUCUCCUAGUAGUCCUCUACAACGUCCUCGUUUCACAAAGCCUCGGGCUAGCUUUUGGUGCCUUACUCAUGGAUGUUAAACAAGCCACUACAUUAGCAUCAGUAACAACAUUAGUAUUCCUAAUUGCUGGAGGAUACUACAUUCAACAGAUUCCCACGUUCAUCGUUUGGUUAAAAUACUUGAGUUAUAGUUACUAUAGCUACAAGUUGCUUCUAGGGGUUCAAUACAAUGACAAUGACUACUAUGAAUGUUCAAAAGGAGUCUAUUGCCAAGUUGCAAACUUACCUGCCAUUGAAUCAGUUGGCUUAAACAAUAUGUGGAUCGAUGUCUCGGUCAUGGCUGUGAUGUUAGUAGGCUACAGAGUUGUGGCCUAUCUAGCACUCACUCGUGUACGAUGAUGAUUCGAAAAUCGAAGAGGGAGAUUACAUAAUUUAGGAGCAAAGCUGAAAGAGUUCAAUUUUCUGCAACAUAGGAAGUAAGGAUGUUAAAUUUAUAUUUUUGAUGUGCUAUGAUUACCACUAUUGGCAAUAUUUUUGCAUACAAGUUACAACUAACUUGGGAAAAUUGAAAUGCUUUGAGAAUAAAUCUUUGCCAC